AUGGACAUUACGCGUCGCCGCAACUUGACAGCGACAAUCCCUUCCCCAUUGCUCAACAACCUGAACAGAGUCGAAGACCUUGGUUGCUUCGAUGAAGAAGAAUGCCGUUUCUUCCUGCGGGAAGUCGGCGAGCGUGUCGUACCAGUCUAUCCUUUCUCCUUUGGCAUGGAAGAAGUGUAUAGCUUGAUCCUCGAGCGAUAUGGAUAUGCAGGGCUUCCCGAUGCGACAAGCGUACUUCAAGACCUCCUCGAGAAUGAACGAACCGCUGCUGGUUUCGGAGACGAUGGAGACGUUUGGCGGUCAUGGCGUCACAGUUGGAGGCACCGAAAUGAUGAUGCUCUGAACCCUUUCAUCCCAAGAGUAGGAAGCUUUAUCCUGCAGCAACCCACCCAGCCACACAUUCGUAAACUCAAGGCAAUGAACUUCAUCAUCAAAACUGAAAAAGCCCAAAGACGUGAGCGAGCUCGUCAAGCUGAGGAUGCUGGAAAAAGAAAGGCGUUGAUAGAUAUCUCUCCCAAUCAGAACAGAACAACCGGGUCUCCUCCUGGUGACAUCCACACUAAGCCUCGAGAAUCGGACGAAGAGAACGCAUAUCGACUCCCCGCGACCACAUACUCCCAUCAGAGAACCAGAGCCUUGCUGGCAUCGGAACAUGGAUCGUCGCCGCCCUCCAACCAAGGGAAAGCCAAGCGCCCAAGCACGGUUAGAGAGUCGGACGCCACCCAGAUAUCAGCAAGUGCCUCUUCACAACAAGAGUUCAUUGAGGUGGAACCAUCCUUGCUUGAUGCAGAUAUAGACCCAGCGCUCUUGGUCUCCUUCGAGAUGCUCUCAUCCCGUCGGUCCUCUUCAGGGCCACGGCCGACCCUGAGAGGCGGACAAGGCGAAAUCCUCACUCUCCAACAGAUCGGCCCCUCUCAAAACAGCCCUAGCAGCAAGGAUCUCAAUGGGGCCUACCCACCGUCGCAUAUGUUGUCUAGCGCAACCUAUGUCGGCUCUUGUGAGAUACCUUGGAGUCAAGGCAAGUCACAUCCGUCUAGCCCUAUGACUUCGGGUAAGACCGAACCACUUAAAGAUUCGACCAAAGUCGAUAGGCAAGAACCUGCGGAGCACGACAAGUCAGCAGAAAAACAUCGCAAACUUUCGGACAGUCUCAAACAUUUCGCCCGCCGCCCCAUUGGUGACAGUUCCGACUUUGGCAAGAGGACAUGUGCUGUCAAUCGGCAAGCUAGAGUCUUUGAUGGCACAAUAUGGCAUCCAAAGGUGCGCAAGAGGCAGUCUUCACAGGUCAAUCUCCCCGCCGAUGAGGAGGCUGUGGUGGAAGAGAGGAGAAGAUCCGUGGUACGACGCAGCCUCACACCGGUCUGGCAGAGGCGUGAUUCUUCACGCAACAGCUGGAUGGAAAUUAUGCGGAAUUUCUUUCGGACCGAGUCCGGUUCUAGCCAAGCAAAACAGUCCAAGGCUGAAGAUUCGAAUCAAAUUCAAAACGCAGUUCCAGAUUCAGCCACGUCUUCUAACACUCAAACUGUCAUCAACACUCAGUCUCCGGUUGAGCAAGAGCGAAAACCAUAUCCACUUUGGCUUGACGGAACCAUUGAUCCACGACCGUUUGUGAGAAGAUCCAGAUCAAUCAUGGAUUUCAACAAGCCAUUGCCGCUCAGCCCUGGCGAAAUUGUGCGGUCUCUCUCAACUCAUACUCAGUUACCACGGUCCCAUCAACCUCAACUUGUAACCCUCAACAACACCGCUCAUUCACCAGACCUGGAGUACGACUCUCACGCUCUGACUUCACAGCGCAUCAAGCGAAAGGAAGUCCCCACCAAACACCAACUCUCGCCUGUUCGCGAAGUCAAGGACGCGUCUGCCGCACACGCAGCCGACCCUCAAAAAGCAGGACAACCCCCUCUCUCGUAA